GAACUUAAGAAGAAAAAGUUAAGGCCGGAACAUUGGUAAAACAUAACAUACCUUUGUCUUUUCUUAUUCGUUCAAUUUCAAUGAAACUUCUGGUUACAACCCUAUCAAUAUCUUUCCCUCUGUAUAGCUCCUCAGCUCCGCGUCUCCUCACUUCUCUCUUUUCCAUGUCCGCGAUUUUUCUCGGAUCAUCAAUCGUACCCAUACAAAUUCUCUCUCAUCGCUACCCACGAAAACUCUCCACCGCCAUGGCCGCUUGUAUUCACACUUCCAGAACAGACAACGCAACCCAAAUCGACGAUCUUGUCUACGAUUGCGGUAAAUUUCGUAGACUCAAUUUCGGUGAUCUCGUUUCUUGCGUACCCAUUUCCCAGAAUCACACAAAAACUGUCCACAGACCUACGGUUUUGGACGAUAUCAACGGAGAUGGAGAUGAAGAUGAUCUAUGGCUGAGAAUGAAAGGUGAAGCUCAAUCGGACGUUGAACAAGAGCCCAUUUUGUCAAACUACUAUUCUAAUUCAGUCUUGUCACAUGAUUCUCUAGAAAGUGCUUUGGCCAAUCAUCUUUCUUUGAAGUUGAGCAAUUCAAGCCUUCCAAGUAACACUCUUUAUGACCUUUUCAAAAGUUUACUCAGAGAGGAUCAAGAUAUCAUCAGAGCUGUUCAAGAUGAUUUGAGGGCUGUCAAAGAGAGAGACCCUGCUUGUAUUAGUUAUGUCCACUGUUUCCUGAAUUUUAAAGGGUUCCUCGCAUGCCAAGCCCAUAGGGUUUCACAUAAGCUAUGGUCACAGGGUAGGAAAAUUCUGGCAUUACUGAUACAGAACAGGGUUUCUGAGGUCUUUGCAGUAGAUAUCCAUCCCGGAGCAAAGAUCGGACGGGGGAUAUUGCUUGAUCAUGCUACCGGGGUUGUCAUCGGAGAGACGGCAGUGAUCGGAAAUGAUGUUUCAAUUUUGCACAAUGUGACAUUGGGUGGCACUGGUAAGGUCUCUGGGGAUAGGCACCCAAAAAUUGGUGAUGGAGUGUUGAUAGGGGCAGGUACAUGUGUUUUGGGCAAUGUUAGAAUUAAAGAUGGUGCUAAGAUUGGUGCUGGGUCAGUAGUGUUAAAGGAAGUGCCUGCUAGAACAACUGCUGUUGGGAACCCUGCUAGAUUAAUUGGAGGGAAAGAAAACCCCAUUAAACUUGAUAAGGUUCCUAGUUUGACCAUGGACCACACCUCACAUAUAUCUGACUGGUCUGAUUAUGUUAUUUAGAGGAGAAUUCACAAUUUUGUCCUCCUUGGUGUUCCUUAGAUUAUGGAACUUUGGGAGAUCAAGGUUUGUGUUUUAAUUGAGGAACUGAAGUUCUCCCAUUAGCAAACAAAACUCCAUUUGAGCCUGAUAAUGUGUGCUAAUGAUGUUUUUUUUUUGGGGGGUGGAUUUGUACGUGCUUAGAAAACCAUCUCUGGUCUUGGGGUUUUGUGUUUUUAGCUUUUUAAUAUGAUUAUGUUAGUUGUAACAAGUUGCCAAGACCACCAUGUAGUCAUGUAUUGAAUUUUAUGAUGUAAAACAUGCUUUCUCUUUGUGAGACGUGAUCCUCUUGUCAUUCUCUCUAUUGUCUGCAUAAAGUGUUUUGUUGUCUAUGGACGUUUUAUGAUUAUAAGUUGAAAAUUGAAAGUGUGAAAGCAAUCUG